CAGUUGGUUUGUUUACAUUCUUUUCGUUGGUCUCGUGCGCGCACCGAUGGUUGCAAACGGCGACGGAAUUUGUGGCUUUGCGUGAUAAAAAUGUUUCGAAUGCUUAAUUUGCGAAGUUUAGCACAAAGUAAGAACAAAGUACUCGCACACAAAAGUGGAAUCGUACGGGUGGACUCAACCAGCAGCAGUGUGGUAUUCUGCCCGUUUCGCAAACUGUCCCAUUUAUGUAACCGGCAGCGAGUGCCCGAUCUACUUAUAGCACGAGGUAAUGCUACGGUGAACAUAAAACGCGUUCACUCGACAACACCGUCCGCGGAGAUUGUUUCCACCGUAGGAGGAAAGAAGACGAAACGGAGACGCUCGAAUGAGAAUAAAUUUACCGAACUACUAGCAGUGCAAGAUGGUGCAACCAAAGAAACGAAAGCAACGGUACAGAAGCUAAAGUCGAAAAAGUUGGCCAACUUCAUACACGAUCAGAUCGCGUAUGAGGCCUGUUCGAAAAGCACACCAAUUUCGUCUUCCAUCGCAAAUACACAGGAACUACCUCACACGAGUAGUAGAGUUCCGGGUGGACCAGUUCUACCCGCAGAUAUGUCACACUGGAACUUCGAGGAAACGCCGGUCAUCUACAUCGGUGGUGAGAUGAAGGAAACAGACAUAUCGCCCGACGUUCUUUCGGAAAUUAUCGAAAGCGUUCAUGUACUCAAGGAAGUACAUCAAAACCGAGCACUUCGCGUGAGCGGUGUAUUAGCGGCACACGACGAACUAGACCCGGCGCUCGAGGAAGAAGUGGGCUUGCUAGAAUCGGAAGCGAUACUCCCAGAGGAAGCAGAACUCGUGUUUGAAGAUCCAAUCGAUUUAACGACCACAAAUCCUGGAAGUUCAAAGAAGUCAAAGCGUGGCGGCGGACACGAUGGGCCGGAAAAAGGUAAAAAGUUUUGCUCAAAGUAUUACAAAACGUCGGAAAUCGAGAACCUUGCCCGGCAGCGUAGCUUCCAGAUGACGCUGAACGCAUAUCUGGACAUUUGCAUCACAACGGGGAUGGUAAAUCGUGCGUACGCUACCACGCUUAACUAUCGCCACAAACGCAAACGCCGCGAGUUUGAUGUGGGGACGUACAAUCAACUAAUUCAUGCGUACGCCGGAAAGGGAAAUUUCUCACGCGUCAAGGACAUUUUGAGGGUUAUGCGGGAGGAUUCGAUUGUACCGAAUGCACAAAUGUACGCCGGAAUAUUCGAAUGCUUGGGAAGGUUGGAACCAACGGCCGAGGUACUGAAACAAGCGAAACAGUACCUGCAGGAAGCAAGCACGGCAGGUUUCACGAUGACCGAUAUUCUCGAUCAGAGUAAAUUCUCGCACGAUCAGCUAGACGUUGUGUUGUCGCUGUUCCGCCGGCUGGAACCAAACUAUGUUCCCGAAUACCGGGCACCAAUCCUCACAUACAACAAUCAUUUGCUAGAUCCGCUGAACGAGAACGUGCUGCCUAUUGGAAGUGAGCCUUCCGCCGAGCAAGAAUGCGCUGGAUCGGAAAUAAUGACCUCAAAAGCGGGCUUUAGCAAGGAAGAGCUGCAACAGUUAGCACAGCAGCAGGUUGACCUUGAACUGAGCGGUUAUUUAACGGUGAAAAGCAUCGAAAAGUUUCCCGCACCAACCGAGCAAGUGAUGCAGUAUCGCAAAGAACUGGACGAGCUGAAGAAAGUGUGGUCCAAACAGAUUGCCAUGGCUUUCCAUCGUGAUUUUAAUACGCUCAAAGCGGUCACGGAAACGAAAUCAUCCCGUACAAUCAAUCUGUUUCCAUACCUCAAAGCCCUUUCCGUGGCACAGUUUACGGAGAUCCUGCUGGACGAGGUACAGAUGUUGCUGGAAGGAUCGGAUACGUUUAGUUUCGUAAUUUCGCAACUCCAUCGGGAACUUGGCCGUAAGGUAGAGUCCCGCUAUCACGUCGAACAGAAGCGGAUGAACGGAGUGUUAGGGAAAACGUGUGAGAUUUACGAUCGAUACGCGACAGCACUGGCUGAGGGUAAAUCGAGCGACAAUCCAAGACAGCUUUGGCAGCGCCUGGUACACGAAACGCGCAGCUCGGGCCCGAGUAUGGAUAUACAGAGCGUAGCGUGGCCCAAGGCUGCAGUGCUCGGGGUGGGCAAAUUUCUGUACAACAUCCUCAAGUGUGAUCUGAAGAUAAACGUCAAUGCAACGAACAAAUCCAACCGGAAGGUAAAACUGGUACCGGCGUUCUAUACCCUCUUCCGGUACGAGGCGAAAAUGGCGAAGGAACAGAUAAAACCGCAUCCAGUGCUGAUGAAGCUGUACCGCAAAUCGCAACCAGACACACUCAAGUUUGACGUUAAUCUCGUCCCGAUGCUAUGUCCACCGCAGCCCUGGAGUACACCACGGAACGGUGGGUACAUAUUGGCCGAGUCCGAUCUUAUUCGAUUGCCACACCAAGCACACCAGCAAACGGAGCGGAUAGAUGAUGCAGAUCCGCAGGACAUGUAUCCAACGUUGGAUGCAUUGAACCAGCUAGCCAGCAUUCCGUGGGUUGUUAACGGACAGAUUCUGGACGUGAUUGUACAGGUGUUUAAUAAUGGUGGCAAUUCGAAACUGGACGUACCGGAACCACCUUCAUCAUUGCCACCGAUUGUAGAAUCGGUUCCGAGAAGUGAGAUGAGUGGGUACGAGAAGUAUCAUUUGCUCCGGAAGCGGCUUUACCAUCGACGGAAGCAGGGUGACAUGUACAGCUUGUGGUGUGACGCACUGUACCGUCUCUCGUUGGCAAGCUACUAUCGGGAUAAAGUGUUCUGGUUGCCACAGAACAUUGACUUCCGGGGAAGAGUUUAUCCGAUUCCGCCGCACCUUAACCAUCUGGGACACGAUCUGGCCCGCUGUUUGUUGGUGUUUCAUCAGAAAAAGCCACUCGGCCCGGAUGGGUUCCGGUGGUUGAAGCUUCAUUGCAUCAAUUUAACCGGCUUGAAGAAGCGAAAUUCGGUUGAGGAGCGUCUCAAGUAUGCGGACGAAAUAAUGGAAGAUAUACUGGAUUCGGCCGAUCGACCGCUGACAGGCAAGAUGUGGUGGAGCAACUCGGAUGAACCGUGGCAAACGCUGGCGUGCUGUAUGGAGAUUGCGAAGGUGCACCGAUGCCCGGAUCCGGAAAAGUUUGAAAGCGGAUUCCCAAUACACCAGGAUGGUUCCUGCAACGGACUGCAACACUAUGCCGCCCUGGGACGCGACACACCCGGUGCAAUAAGCGUCAAUCUAGCGCCAGCGGACGUUCCACAAGACGUAUACAGUGCAGUCGCCGCACUGGUGGAAGAAAAUCGAGCCAAAGAUGCCCAAAACAACGUUAAGGUGGCAGCCGUGCUGGAAGGUUUCAUCCGGCGCAAGGUUAUCAAACAAACUGUGAUGACGACCGUGUACGGUGUAACACGAUACGGUGCCCGCAAGCAGAUUGCCCGCCAGCUUGAAUACAUCGAUGAAUUUCCCAAAGAAUGGAUCUGGCCCGCCUCAAGCUAUCUUACCGUGAAAACGUUCGAUGCGCUAAGUGAAAUGUUUACCUCGGCCAAGGAAAUACAGGAUUGGUUUACCGACUGUGCACGGUUAAUAUCGGCCGUUUGUGCACAGAACGUAGAGUGGGUAACACCGCUCGGCCUGCCCGUCGUUCAACCGUACAAUCGUGCGGAUCGACCGGUCGGUUCCAGCAAGUCGGUACAGCUGCCAGAACAUUUUGCGAUGGAUUCGUACGAGAAACCAAACAUAAUGAAGCAGAAGAAUGCGUUUCCGCCCAACUUUGUACAUUCGCUUGACUCGAGCCAUAUGAUGCUGACGUCGCUUUACUGUGAACGGGCCGGAUUAACGUUCAUUUCGGUGCACGAUUGCUACUGGACGCAUGCCUGCACCGUGCCAACGAUGAACAGGAUUUGUCGCGAACAGUUUGUUGCCCUGCAUUCCGAACCGAUAUUGGAAGAUUUGUCGAAGUUUCUGGUACAAAAGUACAGCUACGAUGAAAAUGAAAUCAGUAAUGAUGGUUCGGUAAUUGAUCUCACCAAGCGCAAACUGAACCGCAUCCUGCAGCAGUGCCCCGACAAGGGUGAUUUCGAUCUACGCAAGGUGCUCGAUUCGGUGUACUUUUUCAGCUAG